ACGUGCGCGGAACCGCAGCGCGCCCGAGUACUCGGCACCCAGCACCCGGCGCAGCACCCAGCUCCCAGCACCCCGGCCGCCAUGACGCUGGAGGCGAUCCGCUACUCGCCGGGGUCCCUGCAGAUCCUGGACCAGCUGCAGCUGCCGCACGUCUGUCACUACGAGGACCUGCAAUCCGUGAGCCAGGCCUGGGCGGCCAUCCGCGACAUGAAGGUGCGAGGUGCCCCUGCCAUCGCCCUGGUGGGCGCCCUGAGCCUGGCGGUGGAGCUGCGGGCGGGCGCAGGGGGCCCGGGGGCGGCCGUGCUGCGGAGCUUCGUGCGGGCGAAGCUCGACCUGCUGCUCUCGGCGCGGCCCACGGCCUCGAACCUGGGGCGUGCUGCCCGCACCCUGCUGGCCGCCGCGGGGGCCGGGGAUCCUGACCUGCACCAGGACGACGACGACGAGGAUGAAGGGGCCCUGCGCCACAGAGUCAUCCGCUGCGCCGAGGACAUGAUGGAAAAAGACCUGAGAGACAACCGCACCAUCGGGGACCUGGGGGCCCGUCACAUCUUGGAGCGGGUGGCCCCCUCAGGGGGCCAAGUAACAGUCCUGACCCACUGCAACACGGGGGCGCUGGCCACCGCGGGCUAUGGCACUGCCCUGGGUGUGGUCCGCUCCCUGCACGCCCAGGGCCGCCUGGAGCGAGUCUACUGCACGGAGACUCGACCCUACAAUCAGGGUUCGAGGCUGACGGCCUUCGAGCUGGUGUAUGAAGCCAUCCCAGCCACCCUCAUCGCAGACAGCGCUGCGGCCGCCGCCCUGGCCCAGCGCGGGGUGACAGCUGUCAUCGUGGGCGCUGACCGCAUCGUGGCCAAUGGGGACACGGCCAACAAGGUGGGCACCUACCAGCUGGCGGUGGUCGCCAAGCACCUCGGGGUGCCUUUCUACGUGGCGGCACCCAGCUCUUCCUGUGACCUGGGCCUGGCCUCGGGCCGGGACAUCCCCAUCGAGGAGCGGCCGCCCCAGGAGCUCACGGACCUGCAGGGCAUCCGCAUUGCCGCGCCCGGGAUCGAGGUGUGGAACCCCGCCUUUGACGUCACCCCCCACGAGCUCAUCACCGGUGGCAUCAUCACAGAACUGGGGGUCUUUGCCCCCCACGAACUGCAGGCAGCCCUCAGCACCACCACCAGUUCCUGAGAGGAUGCCUGGGAGGGGUGUCCAGAAGCCACGGGACCCCAACCCCCCAAAAAAACCCACGCUGAUGGUUAUAAUAACAUGUUUAUAAUGAUG